CAAGCAGGGUGUGGGGGGUGUGCCACCUUCCCCAAGUAGGACCUCCUUCUCCUCCCCCUCCCCCUCCUCCUCCCUUGGCUCCUCAUCCUCAGGGGACCAAGUUCCCCUCACCAACUUGGGAGGCUCAGCCAAGUACAGGAAGAGCCACAGAGGAUGAGAGCCGUCACCUGCCUCUGAAGAGGGGAAUCCCUCCAGCCCCAAACUCCAGUACCAAGUGGUUCCCUCCCUUUGCCAGGGGAACCUUGGAGACAGAAGCCAGAAGUACCAUGGCUUCUGACCUAGAGAGUAGCCUCACCUCCAUAGACUGGCUUCCCCAGCUGACCCUCCGAGCUACCAUUGAGAAGCUUGGAAGUGCCUCCCAGGCUGGGCCUCCCGGGAGCAGCCGCAAGUGUUCACCAGGCUCACCCACAGAUCCUAAUGCCACCCUGAGCAAAGAUGAGGCAGCAGUUCACCAGGAUGGCAAGCCACGAUACAGCUAUGCCACUCUCAUCACCUAUGCCAUCAACUCCUCUCCAGCCAAGAAGAUGACUCUCAGCGAGAUUUACCGCUGGAUCUGUGAUAACUUCCCCUAUUACAAGAAUGCUGGCAUUGGUUGGAAGGGUUCCUAUUGGACAAUUGACACCUGCCCUGACAUUUCCCGAAAGAGAAGACACCCUCCAGAUGAUGAUCUGUCCCAGGACUCACCAGAACAGGAGGCCAGCAAGAGCCCACGGGGAGGCGUUCCAGGGAGCGGGGAAGCCUCACUGCCUCCUGAGGGGAAUCCGCAGAUGUCACUUCAGAGCCCCACAUCUAUUGCUAGCUACAGCCAGGGCACAGGAUCUGUGGAUGGUGGAGCAGUGGCAGCAGGGUCUUCAGGUCGAGAAAGUACUGAGGGUCCCCCUCCCCUCUAUAACACCAACCACGACUUUAAAUUCUCCUACUCAGAGAUCAACUUUCAGGAUCUAAGUUGGUCCUUCCGCAACCUCUAUAAGUCCAUGCUGGAGAAGUCCUCUUCCUCCUCUCAGCACGGCUUUUCUUCUCUCUUGGGGGACAUCCCACCCUCGAACAACUACUACAUGUAUCAGCAGCAGCAGCCACCGCCACCUCAACAGCAGCAGCAGCAGCAGCCGCCACAGCCACCUCCCCAGCAAUCCCAGCCACAACAGCAGCAGGCAUCUGCCCAGGGCCCCUCAGCUGUAGGCGGUGCUCCUCCACUGCACACCCCAAGCCCGGAUGGUUGUACCCCACCAGGGGGAAAGCAAGCUGGGGCGGAAGGCUAUGGGCCUCCCCCUGUGAUGGCCAUGCAUCCACCCCCCCUGCAGCACGGAGGCUACCACCCUCAUCAGCACCAUCCCCACUCCCACCCUGCCCAGCAGCCACCACCUCCACAGCCGCAGGCACAAGGCCAGGCUGCCAUCAACAACACUGGCUUUGCCUUUCCUUCUGACUGGUGCUCUAAUAUUGACUCUUUAAAGGAAAGCUUCAAGAUGGUGAAUCGGCUCAACUGGUCCAGCAUUGAGCAGUCACAAUUCUCAGAACUGAUGGAGAGUCUACGACAGGCAGAGCAGAAGAACUGGACCCUCGACCAGCAUCACAUUGCCAAUCUGUGUGACUCCCUCAACCACUUCCUUACUCAGACUGGUCACGUGCCCCCUCAAGGGGGUCCCCACCGCCCACCAGCCCCUGCCCGUAUUGCUGACUCCUGUGCCCUCACCAGUGGCAAACAGGAGUCCGCCAUGAGCCAAGUGAACUCUUAUGGGCACCCACAAGCUCCCCACCUCUACCCUGGCCCAUCACCAAUGUACCCAAUCCCCACCCAGGACUCAGCAGGAUACAAUCGCCCAGCACACCAUAUGGUCCCUCGGCCACCAGUGCCACCUCCUGGUGCCAGUGAGGAGAUCCCUGAUGACUUCGACUGGGACUUAAUCACUUAGUGCAUCACAGAGUGUGGAGAUCAGCCCAGGGCCGCAUGGUGAAGUCUGGCAGUGGAGAAAGAGCAACCCCAACCCGUCCCUCCCCGCCGCCGUCUGUAUAUAGACAUAUAUCCUCUUUUUGUUCUUUCUCUGUCGGAGAAGCCACUGCAAGAUGCUGCCGAAGAUAACCCCCUCUUUCCUGCCUCGUUCUGCUCUCUUCCUUCCUGUUUUUUCCUAGUUCUUUUAUUAUUAUUCUUAUAUUAUUAUUAUUAUUAUUAUUGGUUAUAUACUGUCUGUAGUCUCCUGUCCCUACAUCAUGGAUCAUGUCCACCUCUUGCUAAUUUAAAAUCAUCAGGCUGGAAGAUGAAGCCGUGAUAGCUACAGAGAAAAGUUUCAGACUCCAAUUUACCUUUCUCUUGGAGAAACUCGAUGCUGAUCCCACCUUUUGGCCCUAAAUUGUUUUUUGUUCCUGUCAGUUUCAGGCCAGGACUGGAGAGGCCACAUUACCAAAUAGAAACGGUCUGAAACAUUACUUGGCAGCCAAGAAUUUGGAGGUUUUAAAAUGGUGCUAAUUCUGUCCUCUGAGGUCUUCCUUGUCCCUUUAUACCUUCAAUCCUUACUUCUGGCAGUCUGCAUUUCCUAUCGGGGUGAAAGUGAUGAUGGUGGUGCAGGAGGGUGACAAUAAAAUCCUAUUGGAAUUGGAGACCUGGGUUGGAAGGGAUGGAAUAUAAGUCAGUGUGAAACUGAGUGUACACUGCCAUGUUACAUCAGUGUCCAUUGGCUUGUUUCGAGCGCAUUCUGUAAGAAGAUAGGAUUGGUUUUAGCCCUAACUCUGCUUCUAUGGUAGGGCAUGAGGACAACUAUUCAGCAUAGUUUUAGCUUCUUGGAGAUGAUUCCAACCUAAUUAUUUUGGCCUUUUAAACAAUUUUCUCUGAAAAUUAAUUGUGGCUCUUAUUUGCAUUUAUGAAUUAUCUUCCUAUCCCUUUUUCCCAUUCAGCAAAUAUUAGUUUGUCCUCCUUUAAUUGUUUGCCCACAUCUUCCACCCAUCUUUUUUCUUCCCCCAUUUUCUGGGAUUCUCAAGAAAGAGUAACCCAUUGUCACUCUGAGUUUCAUCAUGUCCUAAGACAUGAUGGGAAUCUCAUUCCCACCUCUCAUAGCGGAACCAAACCUUUAGUGUUGGUGGUAGGAGGAUGGGGAGAGGAAAAGGGAGCUGGCAAAGAAAUGGAUAGGGAAUAUUUUAGUUCUUUAAAUAUAUAGGCAGAUGCUUCUCUUGGAAUCUAGAUCAUCUGGCUGAAGCUUUUGCAAGUAGGCUUUGAGAGGUGAAGGAGAUUGGUGGAGGUGAGUAAAUAAUCAGAGGCAAGAGUUCAGUGAGGGCCAAGGGGGACCCCCAGAAAAAGGUAUAGAGCGAACUCAUCUCUUUUACAAGGGGUGGCCAUGACUCACCGUUGCAAAGUACUCAGUGUAUAUUUAAUGUUAAUUGUUGAAUUUUAGUUAUGAGAGGGAAGAACAAUUUUAUUUCUGUCCUUAUUUCACUUGCUGAAAAGCUGUGGGACAAAAUGUAUGGAAUAGACAAGGCCACUUUCUUUGUGAUUUCUGCUUUUCAUUCAUAUUAUUUUAUUUACCCAUGAUUUCCAAGAGAUUUGGCUCUCUGCUCUCCUGCUUUUUUCUUUCAUCCACCCCUUUCCUUUUUUUGGAAGGGGGUUAUAUGUGAGAGUUUAUUGAAGAAGUCCAGUGAGGCUGAAGUAAAGGGGCAAGAUAGGGCAGUUAACUAAAGAGCACUUUAUUUCUUUGAAGCCUUUGUAAGAAAGAAAUGGGGGUGCAAGUGGCUUGAAUCUCCCAUGACGUUGGAGGGCACUUAGUGGGGUUGAAGUAUGACAUAAUAUUUCCCGUUGGGGAAAGGAGAAUUUCUCUUAGAGGGUGGCAAAAUGCCUUUGCCCAGUGUCUCUAUUUUAGGCAUCUUUUCCUUCCUUAUUCCUUCCAGUCAGGGUGUGUCCUACACAUAACUUCCCAUUAGUUCUCCUCAAUGUUCCCCCUUUGUAAAUGAUCACUCCUCUUUUCUAAACCCUUUUCCUGUUCAGAUCCAUACAGGAUUUGCAAGGGUAGACUGAAUCAUACAUGCAAAUGCCCCUUGUUCAUCUGUGUCUUCUGCAAACUAGUCUCAUGAAGAAUUCUGGUGUGCAGCCAGGGUAGUGAAGUUUGGUUCUGGGACUGGAGAUUGGCCAUUUGGCCUCCUGAGAUUCCAGCUCCCUUUCACCAAGCCCAGUCUUGCUACAUGGCACAGGGCAAACCUGACUCCCUUUGGGCCUCAGUUUCCCCUCCCCUUCAUGAAACGAAAAGAAUACUACUUUUUCUUGUUGGUCUAGCAUUGCUGGACACAAAGUGUAGUCAUUAUUGUUGUAUUGGGUGAUGUGUGCAAAACUGCAGAAGCUCACUGCCUAUAAGAGGAAAUAAGAGAGAAAGUGGAGGAGAGGGACAAAAGGAGUAAUUAUUUGGUAUAGAUCCAUCCAUCCCAACCUUUCUCUCCUCAGUCCCUGCUCCUCAUGUUUCUGGUUUGGUGAGUCCAUUGUGCCACUACCCAUAAUGCUUUGCAUUGCUGCAUCCUGGGAAGGGGGUAUAUGGUCUCACAAGUUGUCGUCAUUGUUUUUUUGCAUGCUUUCUUAAUAAAAAAAAAAAAGAAUGUUUACAGUUUUAUCUUA